AUGUAUUUCAAGGAAGUGACCUGUGGUAUUCAGAAUGGCUAUCCUGUUCUCACAUUAAAUUUUACGAGUGGCUCUCUCACGACCACGUCCAGCAAACCCAGCUUUCUGUACAAUUCCAACUCAAACUAUCUUUUGGAACCUUUUAAUUUAAUCUAUGCUAGCUUGUUUUUCAAUUCAUCAACUUACAUUAACACGGUUUGGCCAUUCCUACAUUUGAAAGACGUCUUGUUGACGGCCGAAAACUUUAUGGUCACUGCUUCUGACACGGGUAAUCUCUAUUAUGGAGGAAGUUGUGGAAAAAUUAUGGCCAAUCCAAAUGUGAAAGGUCUUUCUCUCAUGUUGGGUUCUGUGUUUUUAUCAAAUUGUUCAAUGAUUGAUGGAUACUAUGAUAGUGUGGUUGGAUUUGGAGCGACUUUAAAUAAUCCGCCACCAGAUAUGUCACCUACAAACCCAGCAUUUGCAUUGUUAACCAAUUAUUCAGGAAAUUAUUCAUAUUUUGGAGUUGGUUUUCAAUCUUCAGGUGUUCCAAAAGUUGUUGAUACAUCAUCAAGACUCUCUAGACUAUUACGUGUCGCUUUUUUUGCUACAUGUGAUCUAAAUGACGAAUGCAGUGGAAAUGGUGUUUGUAUCUCAGUGAAUACUGGAUGUAGCUGUUUUUCAGGUUAUUAUGGACCAAAAUGCAAUUUACAAAUGAACGAUUUAACUCAAGCUGAUCCUCAACCACCAUCGAGUAAAAGCAGCACCGACGGAGAUUGUAUUUUAUGGAUUCGAGGAGAAGAUACUUAUGCAGAUUCUAUUUCAAAUAGUGUGAAUUAUACAAUCUCUAACCGAUUAUUCGUCCCAGGAGUGAUGGGAAAGGCAAUGUUUUUUGAUCCGUCCAGUACUACCAUCGAAGAAAGAUUGGAAAUUGGAAACUUUUUGUUUCCCAAAGAUGAAGUGACUGUGUCUUUUUGGAUGAAAUCUUCCAAUGAGGGAAGUCAUUUGGAAAAAGGAACUCCAUUGGCUUAUCAAACAAGUGAUCUUAAUUUUGGUUUUUUGAUCGACGACUACCGAAGUUUAAAGCUAUCCGUGAAUAGUUCUUAUGAACCUCGUUCAAAGCUGAACGCAACCACUACUUUUGACACCACUAUUAAUUUGAAUACGAAUGCAUGGUAUCACGUUUUAGUAACAUGGAGUUCCUCUACUGGUAUUUUGAAACUUUAUUUGAACGGAAAUUUAACACAAUUUGUCACAAAUUAUAAGAAAAAUAUUUCCAUUCAACCUGGAGGAACAUUAACGAUUGCAAACCAAAGAGUGUUUUCCGCUCAAAAGACUGCCACUUUUACUUCAACCAAUCGAUUCAGAGGUUAUUUAGACGAAAUUGCAAUUUUCAAGCGAGUAUUGAGUCCAACGGAGAUUUCAAUUCUUGCUGAACCAGGUAUAUUUUGUUUUGGAAAAUCUAGUAAUGAUCCAACGGUUUGCAGCGGAAGAGGCUCGUGUGUGUCAUUUAACAAAUGUUCUUGCUUCGCAACUGCGAAUGGAACUCAAUGCGAGACCUGUAAUCAAGGUUAUGUUGGUGAUAAGUGCCAAUACGUGACAUGUGCUGGAAUACCAUCUUACAACUCUUCUGUUUGUUUAGGAAGAGGCGAUUGUGUUGCAGUUGACACCUGUGCAUGUACCUAUACUUACAAAUUUAGUGGACCCAACUGUGAGAAUUUCACAUGCAACAAUGGAAAUGGUUGUCAAAAUGGAGUUUGUACAGUGAACCAAGGUAAUGAAAAACAACCUGUCGACAAUAUUUGUAAAUGCAAUGCUGGGUUCUAUUCAGAUAAUAAUCAAUGCUAUUUCAAUAAGUGUAAUGGAAAACCGGCUACCGAUCCAAAUGUUUGUUCUGGAAAAGGUUCUUGUGUUGGCUUAAAUACCUGUAAUUGUAAUCAAGGUUAUCUUGGAGAUAAUUGUCAGUACAGCUAUUGCAAUGGUAUUCCAUCCAAUGACACAAAAGUUUGUCAUUCAAGAGGAACAUGCACAGAUCGAAGAUGCUCUUGCAAUUGGGCUUUGCCAACCAACUAUGACGAGACUACUUGCAGCUGUUUGAAUUACAAAACUGAUUCAACAUGUUUGAGCACAGUUCCUAAGGCCUCUGGCGAUUUGACAGCUACAAGUCCACAACCUGAUCAAUACUUUGUGUUGGUACCUCCACAAAAUCCAAAAAUUCAAGUGACCAUGCAAGACGUACCGUCCGUUGGAUACAUUGCGAUGAAUACCUUUAAGAGCAAUUUGUAUUGUUAUUUAGAAUUUAACUCACAAUUAACAACUUACACAGCAGCAAACGUAUUAAGCCAGCAAGAUAGACCCUGGUGGAAUUAUGCAUUCAACAUUGAAUGUAUGUUAGAUGUACCGCCAGGGCAAACAAAUGGAACUCUGACCAUACGAUAUCGAGACGUCUAUACUCCAGAUAAUGGUUACAUUAUUGCGAAAUUACCUCAAACCGUUGUUGUGAAAAACUUUGCUCUCACUGCUUACAGGUCAAAUGUCAUCAUUUCUGGAGAUUCAAAAAUUUAUGUUUCCUAUAACGUUCCACUUCCUAUCAACUCGGAUAUUUACCUUUUCAGUAGCUCAGGAUCUACGACACUCUCUCGUUCCUUGGAGACUAUUAAUUUACUUGAAGGUAAUGCAUAUUACAGUUUAACCAUGUCAUCCUCAAACUAUCUAUCAAAUACCUUUGCAUCCACCCGCAUCCAAUAUAUGGGAUACAGUUUGAGUUUUUUACUUUUUAAUCAAAAUACGACGACUACCUAUUUAUAUCCAAGCAGUGUCAUUGAAAAUGCGUCAGGGGGUAGAUCUGUCUCUUUUGUUAUACUUGUACAAGGACCUCUCACCAAUGUGAACUCGGAUUAUAACUGUGUGCUUAAAGGAAAUUUAGGUGCAAUUAACAACGUGGGUGUGAUUGGAAUUCAAACAAACUCAACAACUUCCAUUGUGACGUGCAACCCGACAAUUAUAACAGUUGCAGAUCGGUAUUCAGUGUCGGUGGUCUAUAUCGGUAAAUCACAAAGUGCUAUUAACUCAAAUUAUGCAGUCGGAACAUCCCUUACCAUGGAUAUCGUGAAUGUUCAAUCCAUCGCAAGUGAAACAGUUUUUGUGACUCCUGACCUGUCAGUUGUCAAAUUUAGAUUUUCCACUAGUGUUCCUUAUUCAGGUUCACAAUACAGUUAUGUAUGUGUAUCGAGUAACAACACAGUUUCAAACGCCGUUCUGACCGGAUCAAGCAUUGAAUGCAAUGUUGCCAUUCCGUAUGAGAACACUACCACCACUACCUCUCUUUCCAUUGCAGUGAAACACAACUUGUUCAUGUCCCAAUACGUGUCACUCUUCAGAGCACCUUAUAUUUAUCUCCUGAAGCAAGAUAUAUCCUCUACUGUUCCUGCUGUACUUCAAUGGAAUCUUGGAAGAGUCAAUGCCAUUUUGAAAGUUUUUAUUAACAUUUACAAUGACUUGAAGCAGAGAACAUACUGUUGCCAAAUAGAUGGUAAUACUUUUCAAGGUGUGGUCAUUGGAAACAGAGCAGUGAGUUGCAAUAUUGACUAUGCACUUUCAAAUCCAAGCUUUGAUAGCAAUGGAAUUUAUUACACAUCUCUUACUAUUGCAGCUGACAAUGGACAAGCUAUCAUUCCAGUAUCAAAUCCUCUUACUAUUCCUAUUGCUGGUAAUUCUAUUAUUAUUAAUCCUCUCCAAACGAGUCGAUUUUUAUAUUCUGAGAAUAAGGCACAGAAUUUCACACUCCAAAACUUUAAGCUUGAUAAGGCAAAGUUCAACUGUUCAAAUCUUUCUAUUCAAUUGAACAAUUAUGAAGGAUCAAAUUCUGUGGCAAUUUUCCCAGCAGUUAUACUUUCUGACUGCUCUGUGAUCAUCAUGUACAAUCCAAACACUGUAUUAUUUACAAACGAAUAUUAUCCUGCAAAUAUUACUCCAAAAAUUGAAUUUGUUUAUUCAGAGUCAGAGAAGAGUCAAUUAAUAGUAUCUACUUAUUACUAUUUUGUGAGCAAAUAUUUACAAAUUUCAGAGUCUUUUCCUUAUUUGAUUGAUUAUUUCAUUUCACAAACUUUGAACAGCAUUCUUUUGAAAGUCAUUGCUGAUGGUAAGAUCAACACGAACUUUGAAUACAAGUGCAUUUUUGGAACCAACGAGUACCCUGUCACGGUUUUAUCAAGUGAAGUAUUUAGAUGUGACAUUUCCUCAACUGCAUUUGGAGUUUCUUCACCUUCGAGUCUCAAUGUUUACCUCAAUGUCUCUAGAGAAAAAAUCAGUAACGAUAAUAUCAUGGUUCAGGCAACAAGAAAUAAUUUCUACAUUUCAUUCACAACAACCAAGUUUUCACCCAAUUAUAUGAACGUUGCUGAGGAUUCACCAAUUAUUUUCAGCUACAGCAACUCCACUCCAAUUAUUGAUACGGGCUCAUAUUUUAACAAUUACUAUCAAGUGGAUUUGUAUUCCUCUGCUCUCACUGUUCCAGUUCCUUGCCAAAAAACGGCAUCAAAACAGAUUCUCUGCAAUGUGACAUCGAAUUUGCUAUCAAUUACCAAUUCAGUUCAAUCUUUUACUCCAACCAUGAGGUCUAUUAUUUCAAUUGACGGCACUAACUAUAAUACCAUUCUCACUACCAUGAGCCAAAAGGUUAUUUCUUACAAACUUCAGACUAUUCAAAAAACCUAUCCUAAAGCGUUUAUUUCAACCUCUAUUUCACCCAUUUACAUUCAAAUUCAGACUUCGUAUGAUCCAACGCUAAGUUUACAAUGGGAUUGUUUUUCACAAUACGACCAAGCAAAUUCAAGUAUUAGAUGGAAUGCUAAUUUUUUACAAAAUGGAAUUCUGAUUUGCAAUGUGGACAGUACAAUUAUUAAUACGGCAGUGAGUGGUAUUGUUAAUCUUGGAGUUUAUUUCUCUGUCAAUAGUUUCACCAUGGACAAACAACCUUUACAAUACUCAACGUUCAGCCCCGCCAUUUACUCUCUUACCACAGGAACCACCAAAAUUGCAUCCAAUGACACAAUCUUAACUGUCGGAUCUUCUUUCGCCUUGAAUAUUACACAUGCACAAAACAUUCCAAUGGAACUGAUCACUAACGGUUUGGCUGUUUGUGUUUUGGGAAACAAUUUAGUGGGCUCAAUAUAUGGAACGUUGACAUUUAUGGGUGGAAAUAAGUAUUCUUGUUCGUUCCAGACAACUUCUAAAACCUAUGGACUUUUAACACUCACCGUUGGAUAUUAUGAAAUUUAUUCCACUCUUUCAAAAGUAUUUGAAUUUUCACUUUCCAACAACACCGAUCAAUUGAUUACUACAAUACCACUGGUAUCCAUUCAAUCAGUGUCUCAGAGUUUUGUUCAAACCUUCAAGCCAUUUUCUCUUUUAGUUGCUACCUCCUUCAACACAACAGCAUCUUUUGGAGUUCCAACUUCAUAUGUGUGCAUUUGGGAAAAUAGCACUGGAUCGAUACGAGAAGUUGCAACUGUAGUGACUAGAGAAGGAGUUUUUAACUGUUCACUAACAGAAACCAUUUCUGGACUUUACAAGCUUUCUAUUGGAAUUAUUUUGAAUUACAAGCCAUCCAGUCGAAUUACCAAUACUCCAUCUCAAAUUAGUGUCAUUGGUGGAUCCUUUUUCACACCUUCCUAUGGUCUCAUUGGUGGAGAUAUGGUCACAAUGUUAGCUGACUUUGCAAAUACUCCAACCAUCAAUGCAUACAUGAUUGGAGAUAAUUCUUCAGUAUUUACAUGCUCCUUCGUGAGUGAUCAAAAAUAUUCGUGCACCACUCCAAAUUUACUUUCCAAUCCAAAUUCGUACCGAACCUUUUAUCCAUAUCCAGUGAAAGUGAACAACAAUCGAAUGACCGUUUCCUACAUACCUUACAUGCAAGUGAAUGUCACGAAUGUGUUUCCUCCAUUUGUGUUGGAAGGAAAAUCCUCCGAAGUGACCACCACAUUCUCAGCUCCAUUGACCCUAUACUCAAACACAACGUUGGUGUUGGAGUUCUUUGACGGAUUUAACACAAAGAUUCAGAAUACUCUUGAUUUUUCACAAAUUCAAAACACAUCCACCUUGAAGGUAUCUUCAUAUUUUGGAAAGGCAGCAAAUUACAUCAUCUCAGCUUCAACAAAUCACCUUGUGGAUGGUUAUCCAGUAAUUAUUAAUAUUGUUUCGAAUGGUGGUUUGUUCCAAGUGUUGCAACCUUUUGAUGUUCAAUUUUCUUCUACACAAAGUGAUAUUUUACCUGUCAACUUGUUAAACGAGCUGUCGUUGGAUAUAAAUUACAGAUCACUCACUCCAACAGAUUCUGUCAAACAAAAUUUAUAUUGCAAUAUGGGAGGUCAAAUCACAAAGGCUCAAAUCAGUAGUACUGGAAAUGGUGUUGACAAGUUAAAAUGCAAUGUGACAAGUGCAUCCAUUGGAAGCAAUUUAGUCAGUAUUAUUUAUUCAAAGGAUGGUUAUGUGGAAACAUUGAGCUCUUUGAUUUCAAUCUAUUUUGAGAGAAAUUAUGCUCCUCUUAAUGCGACACCAUUUGUUUCAUUAACUAGCCCAGUGGAUGUCGCCGUAGUGCUGAGUGGAAAUCCCUUCGUGACGUCUGAUCUACUUUUUGUCUGUGCUUCAGACGCAGCAACUGCUCUAUUAGCUUCUGAAGCCAUUGUUUCUGGAAGUAAUAUACAAUGUCGAAACCUUAGAGGAAACACAAAAACAGCGUUUGACGUUUAUGUCAUGAGUCGACUUCGCCAAAUUCCUUACAAAUUGACUUCUUUGCAAUUUAAUGUUUAUUUCCAGAGUUUGCAAUCGAUCUAUUUUAUUAAUCCAUUUGUCACUACACUCACUACAAAUUCAUUGAACCUUCCAGCCAUUCAAAUCUCAAUUCCUGACAUUCAAGUUCUUGAAACUGGAAAAGUAGUCUGUUUGGCUUAUCUUGGCUCUAAUUUACAGCAAGCCGUUUUAUUGAACCAGGUUACACAAGGAACAGUCAAUUGCCCAUUCACUAAACAAAUUACAAGCUCUAUUGGUUCUAAAGGAUAUGUUGAUAUCUGUUUGGGUAUCUAUGAUGAUUUCUCAAAAUCAUACAUCUUGAUCACAAAUAAGAAGAAACUGACCUAUGUCAGUUCUCCUAUUGUCAUUGCUAAUUGGAAUUCGGGUGACAUUUCUACAUCAAAUUUCAAUGGAAAAUCAUUCCAACUUAAUUUUGAUACUUCUGCCUCUAACUUGAAUUAUAAUGUUAAAAUUAACAAGGAUAGUGUAUAUUUGGAUUUAGGUAGUUCAGUAGAUAGUGGAAUUUUAUCAUUUGUAGCACCAUAUAUUGUUUCCAAGCAAAACUACUCAACGAAUUCCCCAUCCAAUUAUAUUGCUGAACAAUCGAUUCCUGUAAGAAAAACCAUGUUGCUUGAUGUCAUCAAUACGGAUAUUCCAGUCUCUAAUUCCCUUCGAGUUUCACAAAUCAGUAUUACUUCUCUCAUUGUUUAUGAUUUGAUGGAUGUUGACAAAAUUUCACCUUAUGUAUUCUCCAUUUCUGAUAUGGUGACAAGAGGAAGUCGAUUCAGUAAGGCCAUGAUGAGCUUUUCGAAAUAUUCCAUUGAUUCUAAUUUUUCUUCAAUUACUUGUAAAGUUUGGAAUGGAGCAAGUUCUUUCAGUGUGCCUAUUGUCCCCCUAUCUUCCACAAGUGUGGAGUGUUCACUUCAACAAAUCACUGGAACACCUGGAAAGUACAACAUUCAACUCGAAUAUAAUUCCAAUGCCAUCACUAUUGCUAAAUCCACUACACUCUUACAAACUGGAUUGUCACUAUCUAGUAGUAACACAAUUGGUUCUUCAUUGGGAGGCACGAACAUUUCACUUCCUUUCAUCAUUGAUUAUCCAACCAAUCAAACUUGGAACUCGUAUUCCUAUUCCAUGUCAUUCCUGUAUCAAAAUAAUUUAAUUCCAUUUUCAUCAUGUUCGAACGCCAUGACAAGUGUUAUUAAUUGCAUGACACCAAAGAUUGAUCUUGUAUAUUUGAAAUCACUUCAGUUACCAAUUGUGGUGUUAAUUGACAACAAACCAUCCAUGACAUUGAAUCCUCCGCUUUCAAUUUUAAGACAACCUUUAGUGAGCUCCAUCUCACCUUCAUUUAUUGAUCUUCAAAAAGUAUACACAGUUAGUGAUCAAAUGACAUUUACUUUUGAUUCAGUAGUGGAUUAUAGAUUUAAACCAGCCGUGCGCUAUCGAACCAUUUCCAAUCCACAAUUAGUGACCAAUGACAUUUGGACAUGUUACAAAAAUUCAGCAAAUUCUAUCAAGUGUCCAAUGCCAAACAUUGUCACCAACACACCUGGAUUCAUUCUUGUAGAAAUUAGUUUUGACGCUUUCCAAUCAUUUUACACUCAUUCUUCCACCAUUGAAAUGAGUACAACUUCUUCCUUAUCCAUUUAUCAAGUGAGUCCUCAACUUGUGGAAAUGUUCACACCAACCAUCGUGUCGAUUACGUUAUCAAAUGCUCCAAGAAAUGUUCAACCAAAAGUUAAAUUGUUUGAUGAUAGCAUGAGUGUGAUUUAUGAUGCGUCAUUUAGUGACAUUUCAAAUCAAAUCACAUUUUCGACAAGAGUGAUUUCACAUCCAACUCGUUCACUUUCAUACAAGCUCUCUCUUGCAAUUUCAAUUGACAAUGGGUAUUCUUAUAUUAGCAAAGGAGAUUCUAUUAACUUUUAUUCAAGUACCGUUUCUGUUUAUCCAAAACAAGGAAUCGCCGGACAGUUUGUGAAUAUUACUUUAAAUGGAGUUCCAGAAUCGACACUUUCUUCUCAAAUGGGGUUGAAACUACGAUUGAAUGGAGUUGAAUAUUCCACUACACCAUGUUCCAUUUCUUCCAAUCAAUACUUUUGUUUGACUCUUCCAAAUAGUGCAGGUAUUUACAACAUCAUUCUUUACAACAGAGAUACUUUUGAAGAAUUAAGAGGUUUUGGAAAUUUAAUGUAUAACAUUGUCGAUCCACCUCUUUAUCGUGGUUUAUAUCCAUCUCUCGUCUUCUCUUUCACCCCAAAAAUUUCAAUUCAAGGAACAUUUUCACAGAGUUUCGACAAGAAUCAACUCUUUGCAAAAAUGUCUCUUGUGAAUAACAAUGCUGUGAAAAAUUCGAGAAGUAUUUUAGGGUCUGAGACAGAAGCACCUCUCUCAGUGAUUGUUGUGGGACCUACAAGUAUUGACCUUGCACCAACGUCUUCAUCCAAUGCAUUGCCUUCUGGUGUUUAUAACCUCAUGCUAUCCGUUGAUUCUGGACUUACAUUUACGGUUGUGCAAACCAUGAAUUAUACAAGCGCUCUCUCGAUCAAAAGAAUUCGAAAUGCAACUCCUGAUUUUGUAUUGGAUGGGCAAAUUUUGACCAUUGUUCCAAAUAAUUUGUACAUUUCUUUUGAUAAUGUCAUUCCAUGCUAUGCAGCUUCUUCACUGAAAUUCCUAAUUACAACUUCAUCAAGUCUUUCUUCAAUUUCAAUUAGUUUGGAUUCAAUUUAUGCUCAAUCAAACACGACAAGUAGUUCAGUAUUUGAAUGCAGUAGUACAGAAAUGUAUGUCUUAUUCCCUGCUCUCAAUGGGACGUUGUCUCAAUACUCAUUGCUUGGAUUUCCAUUUACUGUUUCAUUUGGAAUUACUUUUAAUGACGUUGACAUUUAUUCCACUUCUGUCAUUUUGAAAAACAAGUAUGAUGAACCACGUCUGGUCAGUGUUUAUCCAUUCAUCAUUGAACGAUAUCUUCCUACGACAGUGGUUGUUACAGGUGAAAAUUUAUUAGCAGCUGUCGGAUGCCAAUUUAAUUUACCAGACUCUACGAUCGUACGAGUUCCAAAAAUUCCAGGCAAUGUCAUUUACGAGUUUUCCUGUCAAAUUUCAUACCAAAUUGCAAAUUUCACACGUUUCACUGUUCAACUCUAUACUUCAAAACAAGAGCUCAGUAAUAGUUAUUACAUGUACACUCAUGAAAAACUCAAAAUUUUGAGUGUCCAUCCAAAACAAAGUUGGACCUAUGAAAAUAUUCCAGUGACACUAGUUGUGGAAGGAAUUGAUCCCUCUCUCAAAAAUGUUCAAGACCUACGAGCCAUGUUUGGAUCCUUCCUCACCAGUGAGCCAUGCAGUAUCGAAUCAAGCAACACUGUCACUUGUAAAUCUCCAAAACGUGAAAAAGGUUUCACAUCCAUUUCAAUCAGUUAUAAUAGACGAGAUUGGUACACUUUGAAUGGAGAACUUUAUAACCCUUCUACUCUUUCGACAGAAGCCAAGUCCAUGUUUGAGUUUGUUGCAUGUCCUGCCGGCUAUGGAAGUCCAUCUUUUAGAGAACCAUGUUUGGAAUGUAAACCAGGAUUUUACAAACCAAAUAAUGGAAGUAAUGAAUGUAUCAAAUGUGCUCAAAAUUCAUAUUCCACAGGUUAUAGAUCAACUGAAUGUAUUCAAUGUCCUGUGAACUCUUUCACACUUGCUGAAAGUGCAAAUUCUUUGGAGCUCUGUAUUUGUAAAGCUGGUUAUUACUUGAAUCCAAAGCCAAAAUCAGACUUGACAGAUUAUUGUGUACCAUGCGAUUCUACAAGUAUGAUUUGCAAUCCAGGCUCUAAGCAUCCUUUACCGAAAUAUGGAUAUUGGAUUGGUACACAUGAUAAUUAUACAGUUUAUAGUUGUGUUCCAGCAGAAGCGUGUGGUGGAUAUUCUAUCAACAACUGUACGACUGGAUAUGUUUCUGGCAAAUGUGGAGCCUGUGACAUUGGAUAUUACAAAUUUAAUGGAUUUUGUUCAAAAUGUGGAUCUGAUGCUAUUUGGAGAUUAUUAGGUUUUGGACUUGUAAUGAUUGUAGUCGUUUUGGCAUUCUUAUUAAUCAGUAGUAUUAAGGUUGCUCACUUGGCGUCUAUUUCCAUUGCUCUUUCAUUCUUCCAAGUGGUUGCCAUGUUUACAAAAUAUCAAAUCAAAUGGCCAGUAGCGAUGGAAUAUUCUUUCACAGCUAGCUCAGCAACCAUUUUCAACUCUGAUUUUAUUAAUCCAAAAUGUAUCUUCCCUGAAAUGAGCCAUGUCACAAAAUGGUACAUUGUAACUCUGUUCCCAUUCUACAUUUUGAUUCUAUUUGUCAUUUUAUUUAUUCUAGGAGUUAUUCGAAAUGCUAUUGUUAAUCGCUAUGGGCAUCAUGUGAAAUACGAAUAUUGGGAACCCUAUCGUUAUCACGAUGAUAUAGAUGAAGCUGAAUAUCUCAUGCAAAAAGAAAAAGAAAAGAACGAAACUACCAAACAAAAGAUGGUUCGAAAAAUCAAAGAACAAAUCUAUGAUUGGAAAAUUUGGGUUAAAAAUUUGUUGGUGUGGGUGAGAAAUCUCUUGGUAUGGAUGUGCAAAGAAAAGAUGACACCUCGUCAGAUGAAAAUUUUCUUUAAUCAGCUCAUCAACGGAUUUACUGCAUUUCUCAGUUUCACCUUUUCGUUUAUCAUUUCACAAGCUAGUGACAUUUUCUAUUGUACUUCACAACCUGAUAACACGUGUGCACUAGUUGCAAGUCCAGAUAUUAAUAUUGGAGAUUCACAAUGGUAUGCCAUGUUACCAUUGUCCAUUUUAUAUUUUAUAAUCUUUGGUUUGGGAUCGCCUGUGUUCUUUUUGGGUCUCUUUAUUUACAAGAAAAAGUUGAAACAUCAAAUUAGAAGAGAUUUAUUGAUUCACAAUCCAGAUUUGUCGAAACAAGAUUUGAAGAAGAUGAAAUGGAAAGCUAAGAAUCCAGUCUUGUUGGAGAAAGUGAAAGACUUUGAUUUGAGAUUCAAAUAUAUUCAAAUGAGAUUUAAGAAGAGAUUAUUCUAUUGGGAAAUUAUUAUUACUUUUAGAAAGUUACUUCUCUCUAUUUUCAAUACCUUUUUAUUGCCUUUACAAACAGUGACAUUUGCAUUAAUUACUGUGUUUGUGGCAUUUUUGUUGCAUUCUCAAUUUGUGCCUUUUAAGACCAAAUUCCACAACUUGCUGGAGUGGGUUUCAUUAGUGUGUACUGAGUUAGUUUUAUUCUUUGGAUUACUCUUUUUAGUGGACAAUAAUGUGUGGCUAGGAAACAGUUCGCUACGAAGUUUCUGUGAAUGGAUUGCAAGUAUUGUCAUUGUGACUUCAAUUGUUAUUGUGUUGGGCAUGUUGAUUUAUGAUAUUUAUGUGAGAAGAAAGAAAGACAGGAAAAAGGAACGACAAGCACGUUUGGAGCUCGAAAAGAAAUAUGGUAAAGAAAAUGCAAAGAAGCUUCAACAACUCUAUAACAAGCUUUUUGGUAAUGCCAUGAUCAAUAUGACAAAAGUUAUUUUGCUCGAUGAAGAUGAGAAAGAAAAGUGGAACAUUGUUGAAAAUCCAUUAUGUGAAACUAACAAUCAAUUUGAAGAUGAUGAAUGGGAAGUUGUUGAAAAUGAAUUAUUUAUUCCUGAUGAUCAAGCUGCCUAUGCAAGAAUGAAAACUGCCAAACGAAAAGUAGAGUUCAAUUUAACUCUCUUCGAAUCAGAUCAUGAGUCAAGUGAUGAAGAUGAAUGUCACACUAUUCGUGAUAUUAUGGAAGGCCUUGUGAACUUGAAACGUCUUCAAAAGAAGGUUCGUCUCGCAAAAGCUAAAGGAAGAAAAAUGAAAAACAAGUUGGACAAAUCGAAAGCAAACAAAAUUCUUCAAGAAAACGAAAAAUUACAAGCUGAAAUAGAAAUGUCACACAAUUUAGAAAUUGAGGCCUAUUCUCAAGCACGUCUAAGAUUGGAUUCUCAGGUCAACUUAUCCCCACGAUAUAGCAAUAGGUCUCUUUAUUCUCACGACGAAGAAUCAUCUAUUGAGAGUAGUCCAAACGUUUCCUCGAGCGCUUUUGAAUUUGGUUUUCAAAACUCUCCUAGAACUCCAAAAGCUAAGCGUAAUGUCACAUCAACAGCCAGUUUACCAGCAGCAUCCGAGGAAGUGAGAAUUGAGGAGUUUUAA